AUGAGGUUAUUUCUGUUCCUUGCCGCCGCAGCAGCUGCGACGGCGGAGUAUGUUCCAGGGCGAGCAUUCGAUCGGUUUAUUACGAUAUGGCUAGAGAACCAGGAUUUCAAUGCGGUAGAUAAGAAUUCAGAUAUUGCAGGGCUGGCGAAAGAGGGCGUUCUUUUGACGGAAUAUUAUGGACUGACGCAUCCCUCACAACCGAAUUACAUUGCGUCUGUUGGCGGAGACUACUUCGGAUUGAAUCAUGAUGCCUUUGUGAGGAUACCGCAAAAUGUGUCGACGUUAGUGGAUCUGUUUGACUCGAAGAAUAUUGAUUGGAGGGGGUACUUUGAGGGGCUACCAGGACCUGGGUAUAUGGGAGAAGGGAGUACGGCGUUUGAUGGCUCGGGAUGGGAUUAUGUUAGGAAACACAAUCCAUUCGUAUCAUUCGACAGCGUAAACCUCAAUGGCACUCGAUUAUUAAAGCUCGUAAGCUUCAGCGAAUUCGCCGCAGACGUCAAAGCGAACACGCUUCCCCAAUACGCACACCUCUCUCCAGAUAUGCUAAACGAUGGACACAACACAAGUCUCAAGUAUGCCGCGAAUUGGACACAAUCCUUCCUCGCUCCUCUCCUCGAAAACGAACAAUUCAUGAACAGAACACUCAUCCUCCUCACCUACGACGAAAGCGCCACAUACCCAAUACCAAACCACAUUGUAUCUCUCCUCCUCGGCGGCGCCAUCCCCAAAAAGAAGAAGGGAACGACGGACGACACAUUAUACACACAUUACUCUAUCCUCUCAACACUAGAGAAUAACUGGGAGUUACCAAACUUGGGAAGAUAUGAUGUAGGAGCCAACGUCUUCCAGGUCGUAGCCGAUCAGACGGGAUACACAAACCAUGCACCUGAAAAUGCUGCUUCGGUAAACAAUUCUUUAUCUUAUGGAGGAUUCGUGAACAGCGACCCAGAGAAAUAUUUACCAAUACCAGCACCAAAUCUCAAGUUGGUAGGGGCAGGAGGGCAGGGAGUUGAUGACAGUGUUCACACACACUGGAAUACAGCUGAGAAUCAACUGACACCCUACGAUGGAAGUGGAAUCUUGUACGAUGGAGGGAACGGAGUGUCAGAUCCCAAUGCACCCAUUUACAAAGCUCAAGCG